UCCCGGCCUGCCGCCGCCCCUGCCGAAGCCGCCCCUGCCGAAGCGAGCAGCGACUCGGAGGGCGACGAGGAACCGGAAGUGCCGGUUCCCAGCCGAUUUACCCGACGAGCCUCGGUCUGUGCGGAGGCUUAUAACCCGGAUGAGGUAGAGGACGACCACACGGACCCGCGGGUGAUUCAUCCCAAAACCGACGAACAGAGAUGCAGGCUUCAGGAAGCGUGCAAAGAUAUUCUUCUUUUCAAAAAUCUUGAUCAGGAACAGCUCUCUGAGGUCCUCGAUGCCAUGUUUGAAAGGACAGUUGAAGUGGAUGAGCAUGUCAUUGACCAAGGAGACGAUGGAGACAACUUUUAUGUCAUAGAAAGGGGAACCUAUGACGUUUUAGUAACAAAAGACAAUCAAAUGCUUUCUGUUGGUCAGUAUGACAAUCGUGGCAGUUUUGGAGAACUAGCUCUGAUGUACAAUACCCCGAGGGCUGCUACCAUUGUAGCCACCUCUGAAGGCUCCCUGUGGGGACUGGACCGGGAGACUUUUAGAAGAAUCAUAGUGAAAAACAAUGCAAAAAAGAGGAAGAUAUUUGAAGCAUUUAUUGAAUCUGUGCCACUCCUUAAAUCAUUAGAAGCAUCAGAACGAAUGAAGAUUGUGGAUGUGAUAGGAGAAAAGAAUUAUAAGGAUGGAGAGCGCAUAAUCACUCAGGGUGAUAAGGCUGACAGCUUUUACAUCAUCGAGUCUGGUGAAGUGCGCGUCAUGGUUAGGAGCAAGACUAAAACAAACAAGGAUGCCGGGAGCCAGGAGAUUGAGAUUGCCCGCUGCCACAAGGGGCAGUACUUUGGAGAGCUUGCACUGGUCACCAACAAACCUAGAGCUGCUUCGGUUUAUGCAGUUGGAAAUGUCACCUGCUUAGUUAUGGAUGUUCAAGCAUUUGAGAGACUUCUGGGGCCCUGCAUGGACAUUAUGAAGAGGAACAUCUCACACUACGAAGAACAGCUAGUGAAGAUGUUUGGCUCCAGCUUGGAUCUGACCGACCCUGGACAAUAGACAUGCCACAUCCCAUAGCCUUCUCAGUGUGACACCAGACCCUUCUGGUCAGCCACAGAACACAUACAGAAAAUAGAUACAACAGAACCGUUCCUGCUGUUGCCACCACUGCUGCGAUUGCUGUGGUUUCGGGCAUUUGGAAAAUUUGAAAGUCAGCACUAAAGAAUGAGCAGAGGUUUGACCCACAUAUCCACUUUGCUUCUGAAAGGCCAUUAUUAAACCACUCAUAAUGAUUACUCCAACCGGGUUUUCCCAUCUUUGGUUUAGAAUGGCACGUCUCUCCAACAGUUUAAGUGCCUGAUGUAAGAACCACACCUGUUUCUUGGAAAGAUAGCAGAUACACCCAGCUUCAAGAGUGACCCAGAAGGCCAGCCUCAGACCUCCUUAGGACUGUGUUUGAGUACUGAGAAGACGCCCCCUGCCACUGCUUCAUGCCAGCAUUGGUUAGCAUUCGGGUCGUCUGAAUCCUGUGCCAGUUACUGCUAGGUAUGGGCAGACUUCUCACAAGUCCCAUAUGGCUUUCCUCUCACAGAGCCCUCCUUGACGCCCCGACGCAUUGAUGGUUACCAUUUUACAGGUUAGAAUUCAUCAUGUCCACGUCCUCUCACUACAGCUCCAAUGGACACAGGCCCAUCCAUCCAGACCCUCACUGCAUGCGAGUCCCCCGGGGCAGAGGAGUAAGAGGGUGGCCCCCAGCUCGAAGGAAAGAGACAUUAAAGGGAGCAGCAUGGAUGAGAAAGAGCAACGCCAUUAUCAAAGUGUUCCCG